AUGAAAAUAAAGAAGUUUUUGAACAAUAGUAAUAAUAAUCUUUUAAAUUCCUUUUGUCUGGAAUCAGGAACAAAUGUGUUUAAGGACCAUGUUCCUAUCACCACAUUAAAAGAAAAUAAUAAAAAAAAAGUAUUCUACAGUUAUAAUAUUAUUGAUGGUUAUAAAUACAAAAUCAUUGUUAAAAGAAAAAAAAAUAAUUUAAAUAACACAAAAUUUAUUAUUUCAUCAUUAGACCAUCCAUAUAUUGUUAAAUUAAUUCACUGUUGUGAAUAUUCCUCUUGUUAUAUUAGUGUCUUUGAGUUCUUCUCAGACAUAACUUUAUAUUCAUCCGUAAUAUUUUCUACUAAAUAUGAUGAAAGGAAAAUAAAAAAUAUAAUAUAUCAGAUUUUCUUGACAGUUAACUAUUUGCACUCAAACAACUUAUUUCACAAGAACUUAGCUCCUUACAGUUUUCUUAUCAAAAUUGUGAAUAAUGAAGUGAUGAUUAAAUUAGAAGAUGUUUAUAAUAUUAAGGCCCUAUCAACAAAAUUAAAUUCAAAAAUGAAAAGUGAAAAUAUCUAUAGUAUUGGAGUAAUAAUGUAUUUUUUAGCUUGUGGGAAAUAUCCACACUUUUGCUUUGAAAAUAAAAAAAAAAAAGUUUUACCCUUAAAUGAAUUACAUGAAAAUAUUUCACACAAGGGACAAAGUUUUCUAAGAAGAAUUUUAUUAAGCGAUUUGAGUUCAAUGAUUACCAUAAGAGAAGCGCUCGAUCAUGAAUGGUUUAAAGAAAAUGUUAAAAAAAACAUUUACAUAAAUUUCGACAUGCUAAGAAGUAUUUACGACUUUUGGAAAAAAAAUACCUUUAAAAGAUACAUACUGAACAACAUUUCUAAAUUCAUGGUGAAAGAGGACAUAUACAAAUAUAACUUCUUAUUUUUUUACUUUGACCUAUUGGAAGAAGGAUCAAUAAAAUAUGAACAAUAUUCCUCAACGAUGAAGAAAUUAGGUCUUAUAGAUGCAAAUGUACAAGAAUCAUUUAAUGGAUUAGAUGUUUCAGAAAGAGGCCAAAUACAAUUUAGCAAUAUUAUAGCAUGUCUUUUAAAUAAUUUUAUAAAAAUUGAUAAAAAAGUAGUGUUUAAAUUUUUUAAGAAAGUAGACUACAAUAAUGAAGGAAUAAUCACUAAAAAAAAGUUAUACAAAUUUUAUAACAUUACAACAAAAAGCGAUCUAAGUGUCAACGAUAAGAGAAAGUUUAAUUUUGAAGACUUCUAUAGCUAUAUUAGCAAAGAAUAA